GUAAUAGUCCUAUCACAAAACAAGAUUGUCUUACCCUGCCUCCUCUCAUUCAUUUUCAUUCUCUUCCAUAAAACCAAACACUUGAAUGUCUCCAAAAUCCUCCGAGCACAAUUUGAUCCGUGGCAUCAAAGUUUUUUAUUUGUCGUAACGUUUCUAUCACGGCCACAUGACCGUGAUCGAGACCAAUUAACCUUUAAUAUCUUCAAUUCUAUGCAAUAUUGAGAAUCACGACACAGCUGCAAUUUAAAACCUUGCAUAUCAUUUUUUCAUCUCCAACAUGAAUAUAUCAAACAUAAUCUCUUGUUUUAGUGAAAAUGCAGUAAAUGUGUCACAUUCUUCAUCAAAAUCUUGCAUAUCUCAAAAUCUCAUACCUUCAACACUAAACUCAAUCUCAUCAAUCUACAAAACAAUCCUCUCCAACAAAAAACAAAUUUUGAUCAAAGUCACAUGGUGUAAAAGCCAAUCAAAUCAAGGACUCAAAAUAAUCUUCAAUGAAGAAGAUUCACUAGCUUCAAGAACAUUCAUACUCAACACAAACUCAAGGCUUUUCAGAAAGAAAAAAGGAAGCAAAUUUAUGGAAAUGGAACAUUUUCAUGAUUCAAAAGUUGAAAUCUUUUGGGAUCUUUCAAAUGCAAGAUAUGAAACUAGUCCUGAACCUAUUGAUGGAUUUUAUGUUGCAAUUUUAGUAGAUUCAGAAAUUGGUCUUAUUUUAGGUGACAAUAUAAGUGAAGAAAAUUUAAUAAAGAAGGUGAAAAAAAAAACCAUUUUGGCUAAAGUUUCACUUUUUUCAAGAAGUGAAUAUUUUUCAGGUAACACACUUUAUUUUUCAACUAAGGCUAAGUUUUGUGUGAGUGGAAAUUUGCAUGAUAUUUUGAUUAAAUGUAUUGAUGAAAAUGAAGGGUUUAAUAAUAAAUCACAUGUUUUGAAUGUUUUUAUUGAUAAGAAGAUUGUGAUUAGUGUGAAGAGGUUGAAGUGGAAUUUUAGGGGGAAUCAAACAAUUUUUGUUGAUGGGUUAUUAGUGGAUUUAUUAUGGGAUGUUCAUAAUUGGUUUUUUAAAGGUGUUAAUGGUUAUGCUGUGUUUAUGUUUAGGACUAGGAGUGGUUUGGAUAAUAGAUUAUGGUUAGAGGAGAAAUUGGAAGUGAAAGAUAAAGAUAGUGUUGAAUUUUCCUUGUUGAUUUAUGCUUGUAAAACCACAUAAUAUAAUGGAACUUGAUUUUUUAUUU